CAUGGACAGCUAUGACCUGGUUGUUCUGAAAACUGUUGCAAUCUGCGAGUACGGGGCUUAUCAGUUGGCUGCCAAAUACGUUAUGAAGUGUGACGAUGACACAUUUGUCCGCAUAGAUGCGGUGCUUACUGAAGUGAAGAAAACACCCAUGGAUAGAAGCUUGUACAUUGGCAACAUCAAUUAUUAUCAUAAGCCUCUUCGCCAAGGGAAAUGGGCUGUUUCAUAUGAGGAAUGGCCUGAGGAAGAUUAUCCACCUUAUGCCAAUGGUCCUGGCUACAUACUGUCAAGAGAUAUCUCCCACUUCAUCGUAAAGGAGUUUGAGCAACACAAACUAAGGUUAUUCAAAAUGGAAGACGUGAGCAUGGGAAUGUGGGUGGAACAGUUCAACAACAGCGUGAAGUCUGUGGAUUAUGUGCACAGCUUUAAAUUCUGCCAGUUUGGUUGCAUAGAGAAUUAUUUAACGGCGCAUUACCAAUCGCCUAGACAGAUGAUCUGUUUGUGGGACAAAUUGGUCAUGACGGGCAAACCUCAUUGCUGCAACUUGAGAUGACACAACAGUGCGUUGUUUUGUUAUGUUUAUAUCGCUUGGUCGUGAGAAAAAGAAUUAUAUUUCCAAUGAGAACAGCUUUUGUUGCAUAAAAAAUAAGCGCCUUUGCUGUUUCUGUGUAGUCAAUGAAUCCUUGUAAAAAUCAUUCAUUUUUUCCCCU